AUGACGAAAGAUGGAAACACUACCAGAAUUGUCAAUGCCGACAACACUGUCGGCACCACAACCAUCAUCCAAUUCAACCAUGCUUCCCAACUACCUAUCAAACUUAGUGGCAGUCACAAUUUUGCCACUUGGAAAGCUCAGUUCUCCAUGCUUAUGCAUGUCCAUGAUCUCUAUGGUCACCUUGAUGGGUCUACCCUGAUUCCCACACCGACCACUACUUUUGGCACCAAUACAACUCCUAAUCCUGCUUAUACGCUUUGGUUCCGUCAGGAUCAACUCAUCCAAAAAGCUCGUAUAGCGUCUGUUGACCCUACCAUUGCUUCCACAGUUGUUGCUGCCAACACAUCCAAACAUGUUUGGGACUCCUUGCACAUUGCUUAUGCAAACAAGUCCCAGACUCGGAUCUUCAGCCUUCGUGACCAACUUGCACGAAUCACAAAAGACAACAUUCCUAUUGCCAAGUACCUUCAGCGUAUUCGGUCCCUCUCUGAUGAACUUGCCACUGCAGGUGCUCUGGUCACUAACUCUGAACUUAUUGUCAAGAUUCUUAGUGGACUUGGCCCUGAGUUUCGUGAGAUAUCUGCUGCCAUACGAGCACGUGACACCACUGUCACCUAUGAGGAAUUGUAUGAAAUAUUGCUCGAUCACGAGCUCUUUAUCCGACAUGAGGAUGCUAAGAAAACUCUCGGUCCUAUCACAGCGGCAGUUGCUACACACAACAAACAGACCAACACUGCCCACAAUCGCAACAAUCGCCGCCAAUCCUAUAAUAACACCUCCCAACCAUGGCGACAUAAUACUCGCUCCAAUUCAUCCACCCAGUGGCAACCCCAAAACAAUAACCCCAUGGGUGUUAUUCGUUGCUAA